UGUGAAUGCACCUUGAUGCAGGAAAUUGGGGGUGCCAUAGCUGGCUCGAGGGCGCCCAAGCUCGAGCGAGCGGGGCAAAUGGCGCACAUGACCGGCUUGGUCAAAAUGGGAGAAAGAUCAAAUGUAAUGGACAAACACUUGAGCAUUCUUGCAAAGCAGCAUACAGAGACACGUUUCCUCAAAGUUCAUGCAGAGAAAAGCCCAUUUCUGACCGAGAGGCUUAGGGUGGUUGUGCUUCCAACGCUUGCUCUCAUUAAAAAUGCUAAAGUUGAUGACUAUGUGGUGGGUUUUGAUGAGCUUGGAGGUAAUGAUGAGUUCAGUACAGAGGAACUGGAGGAGAGACUUGCCAAAUCCCAGGUACUAUUUUUUGAAGGUGAAGCAUCUUCAAUUCUUAACAGGUCUCGUGCCUCUAAGAGAAGCAUUCGACAAUCAGAAAGUUCUAAUCUUUCUGAUUCAGAUUAGCAAUAAUUUGUAUCUGAUUCUGAUUCUAAAGGGCUUGAAUUUUUGUUAGCUUGCCAUUAAUUAUCUUUUGUUGCAAGGAUCUGCUUUGUUUGAUUUUAGUGUUAGAAAGUGUGUGGAAUGUUUGAUAUUGAGUUUCAGAAACAAAGUUCAGUGA